AUGGAAAAAAGUGAACUUCGUGCUGUUAUAAAGUACUUUCAUUUGAAAGGUUUAAACCAGAAACAAAUUAUUGAGGAGUUGCAGACAGUAUUAGGGGAACAUGCACCCUCAAAUGCAACAGUUUACAAUUGGGUAAACGAGUUUAAACGUGGUCGGAUAAGCACCAAAGAUGAGCCACGCUCUGGGAGGCCAAAAGAGGUUACGACUCCAGAAACGGUAGAAAAAGUGUACAAAAUUGUCACACAAGAUCGAAGAAUUAAAUUGAGAGAUAUUGCUGACAUUGUGAACAUUAGUUAUGAACAUAUGAAUAACAUAAUACAUGAUGAAUUAG